AUGGCGGCCUUUCCUCCGGCACCGGGGGGGCUGCCGGGCUUUCCUGGUGCGGGACUUCCCCAGCCAGGAGGCGGCGUGCCGCCGAGAGGGAUGGCGCCCAUGAAUCCGAUGCUGCAGCAGCAGCAACAGCAACAACAGCAGCAGUACCUUCAGUACAUGAUGAUGCUGCAAGCGCAGCAGCAACAGCAGCAGGCGCCUACUGCCCCGCCUGCUCCGGCUGCUUCCGACCCAACCGCGCUGCUCCAGCAGCAAAUUCUGCAGCAGAUGCAGCAACAGAUGGGGCAGCAAGCUCCUCCUCCUCAGCCGGCGGGCGAGGUGCCUGCACUGCCGUCAUCCGAGCCUGCAGUCAACGGCGCUUCUAAGGCGGCGGACAAGGGCAAGGGCAAAGGGAAGGGGAGGAAGAAAAGCUCGAGUGGGUCUAGAAGUGGAAGCAAAAAGCGCAGCUCGAGCCGCAGGAAACGCAGCCCAAGCAGAAGGAAGAGGAAGGGCAGCAGUAGCUCAAGCCGAAGCAAGAGGAGCUCCAGCAGCCGCCGCAGCCGCAGCCGAAGCCGUGGCAACCGGCGCAGAGGCCGUGGCGGGAGGAGCCCAAGCCGUCGGCGCCGAAGCCCAAGCCGCCGACGGAGCCCUCCGAGAGGAGGACCCCGAGGAGGUGGCGGAUGUGGCCGCAGUUUCGGCGGUGGACCUCCCGGAGGAGGAAGAUCCUACGGUGGGCCUCCCGCGCCCCUUGGAGAGUUCAAGGCCCCGACUGGGCCAGCGCCUACGAGCCUCCAGGCCUUGAAACCGCCAGCUAGCAUGGCGGAGUUGAACGCCGAUCCUUCUGCUCACAACAGCGGAUCCACCGUUCAGGACCAGGAGAUCAAAGUUAUCGACCCGAGGGGGCAAUUGAUGUUCAACUACCCUCGGUACUCGACCUUCGGAGAAGCACCUUUCUGUGCUUCCAUCCAGGCAGACUUGCAGAAAGCGGGAUUUCCCGCGCCCUCGCAAAUUCAACAGUAUGCAUGGCCCUUGGCAAUGCAGGGUUCAGAUGUCAUCGGCGUCGCUGCAACUGGCAGCGGUAAGACCCUUGGCUUCCUGCUACCCGCCUUCCAUUACCUGAUCGAGAGACAGAUCCGACCUGGAAACCCGCAGCUCCUGGUGAUGGCUCCGACGCGUGAGCUUGCAGUGCAGAUCGAGGAGGAAGCUGUGAAGUUUGGCAGGUCCAGCGGCCUCAAAACGUGCUGCUGCUACGGUGGAGCGCCCAAAGGCCCACAGGCAGGGGCGCUAAGAGACGGAGUUCACGGAGUCAUCGGAACUCCGGGGCGAAUCAACGACUUCAUCGAGGGCAACCAGUUGGAGCUGAGGGACGUCUGCAAGCUCGUUCUUGAUGAGGCGGACCGUAUGCUGGACAUGGGUUUUGAGCCACAGAUUCGAAAAGUCUUGGCCAGGAUCACCAACCCAUAUCGCCACACGAUGUUCUUCACCGCCACAUGGCCGAUGAACAUCCGAAGACUUGCAGCAGAGUUUCUACGAAAUCCUAUCCAGAUUCAGAUCGGAAAUCGAGAUGAGCUGAAGGGCAACCAGGAUAUCGUGCAGAUUGUGACGCCUUGCACGAUGCACAACAAGAACCAGCUGCUACUGCAAGUUCUGGCGCAAUCAGGCGUCGGAGAUCGUGGCAACAAGGAUGCCAAGGCGAUCAUCUUCUGCUCUACGAAGCGCAUGUGCGACCAGCUGCAGCGUGAUCUGCAACGUGCUGGCGUGCCAUGUGCAGCCAUCCACGGCGACAAGGGCCAGCGUGAGCGUGAGCAUGCUCUCGGGGAAUUGAAGUCUGGUGCAAUGAAGCUCAUCUGCGCGACGGACGUUGCAGCACGGGGUAUCGACAUUAAAGGUGUGACACUCGUGGUAAACUACGAUGCGCCUGGGAAUACGGAGGACUACGUGCAUCGAAUUGGCCGAACAGGCCGUGCUGGACAGAAAGGUUAUGCUGUGACUAUGAUCACAGACAAGGAUGCGCACGCGCUGCGUGGCAUCAUUGAGGUGAUGAAGCGAACCAAUCAGGAAGUCACUCCAGAGGUUGAGGCCAUGUCGGCGCGGGCGGGGCCACCACCGCCCAGCGGCCGGGCCUUGCGCGGCGGAGGGGGACGACGCUGA